UAUUGUCCGAUAAUUAGUUGUUACUCAGUUAUGAGUCGGUUCAGUCGUGUACGGACGCUAGUUUUCAAAAAAAUUCUUUAUAUUAUUUUAAAUAAAUACAUAUUUAUAUAAAACGCAGCUUGGUGACUAAAUAUUUAAAUAAUUUUUUUCUGGCUCAUGUUAAUUUUUGUGUCAAAAAUGUUGCGACGAAUGUUAUUAUUUAUUUUAGUUUUGCUUCAGAUAAUUAAAGUAAUUAAUGGCCUUCCAAGUAAAUUACGAACUACUGAACGUAAUUUCAGUAAUGAAAAAAAUUUUAAAAAUCACACUGAAAUUUCAAAGCAAAAAAAUUAUAAAACCACAGAUGAGACGGAACAAAUAUCAUUUCUUGACGACUUGUAUGAAAUAUUUAGUUACGAUCCAAAAGAUUUUAAAAAUAAAACUGAACUACUUCCGCCAAAAUGCGAUGGAAGAAAAUUUUGUGAACAAGUUCCUUACUAUCCUAAUGAUAUUAUUAAGAAAGAACUGCAAUUAAAAAGUGAUUUGAAAUUAUUAGAAACUAAAGACGAACCUUUGACAUUAAAAACUAGAUUUAAUGAAAUUGAAAGCGAUAGUCUCUGCAAUUCGGUGAGAAAAGAUGUUUUUCCAAGAGUUGCAGUAAAUAAAGACGGGGAAUGGAAAUAUAUUAUAAAUAAUGAUGACUUUGUUCAGCGAGUCAGUGUCGAAAUCUGCGAAGACGAAAGUACAUCGUGCAAAUUUAUUGAUGGUUUUGCUGACGGCUAUGAAUCGACAUGUAAACAAAAAUAUAUAUAUAAAAAAUUAGCAGCAAUAUCUCAAGACGGAAUAGCUAGUCCAGAUUGGUUUGAAAUGCCAGUAAGUUGUUGUUGCCACGUUCAAUAUUUCGGCGGUGGAUAUUAAAAUUUCGCGGGUAAAAAAAUUUCAACCGCAAAUUUGAAAUAAUUUAAUGAUUUAUAUACUUAAUUAAUUAAAUAAUGAUAUUUAAUGAUAGGUAAACUAAUUUUGUGACGAGUUGUGUAAAAGAAUAUUGUGAUAUAUAUAAUAUAUAUAAUUAUAUUAUAUUAUAUAAACAAAAAAUAUUUAUAAUAAUAAAUUGUUAAAGUUUUAUGUCAAUACAUACAAGUA